AUGGACUACUCGUAUCUGAAUCAAGCAGCAGCGGCUGGAUUCGACUCCAGCUGCCUGCAGAGCAUGCAGGAUCCGACGGGUCUGUCAAACAUGCCAUGCAGUUACGGAGACCUAACGUCCUGCAGUCAAAUGUCGCAAGCGGCAUAUCGCUACACCGCCGCAGCGGCAUCCAUGGCGCGUACGUAUAACCCCAGCGCCGGUGCCGGCGGCAUGGGGGUACAUCAUCCCGGAUCGGCAGCAUCACAAUGUGCUGUCAUGGGUGCACGCAGCCACGUGCAAGACGUGCAUAGGGCAACCAUGUUUCCAUCGUCCAUGAAUUUACAAAGUGGUCUGCCUUACAAAGUAUAUCCGGGACAUGAUGGAGUUUUAACUGAGAAGCGAAAACAACGCCGGAUACGCACCACAUUCACUUCAGCACAGCUGAAAGAACUGGAAAGAGCGUUUCAAGAAACCCACUAUCCCGAUAUCUACACCCGAGAAGAAAUCGCGAUGAAAAUCGAUCUCACCGAAGCGCGUGUUCAGGUCUGGUUUCAAAACCGGCGAGCAAAAUUUCGAAAGCAAGAGCGGCUCGCCCAACAAAAAGCAACAAACAACUCGAGCAACGAUUCCAACGGUACGCAACAGCCGAACAUCAAAGCGGAGGGCGGCAGCAACGGCGUGGGCAAUCCGGGCGGCAUCGGCGGGACGAACACCAACGUCAAGGGCGUCGUUAAUCUGGGUGGUGGCGGCAACAAGGACGUCAAGCCCGGCUCCCCCAAUUCCGGCAUAUCGACCACGCCAAACUCCAACACCAGUUCGACCUCCCAUCAUUCCUCCAAUGGCGACAUCAAGCCAAUGAACGGUAAUUAUCGAUGGAAAUUAUCAGAUGAUGCAUUAAUCUCCAACAACAACAAAUGGUCGAUGAGUCCCAACUCGUGCAACACUGCUCUACUGGUGCAGCAGGCGAACAAAGUGCUCUCGUCACAGCCCCCGCACCUACAGUCACACCAUCAUGGCACACACCACUCGGCAGCGGCGGCCGCGGCGGCGGCGCUUUCAGCCGCGCCGUUCACAUCACUGCUGGGCGCCGGCGGCGGCGCCGCCUCCUACCUGCUCGGCGACCAUCUCAAGCCGGCAGCCAAUCAUCUCUUUUAAAGCAUUCAAACCCUCUUUUGCCGCCAGUAUACAACGAGACCCGAGAGAAGAACCCAAUUAUUCCGUCAUGAAUCAAUUGUUAAUAAAAAAUUAAUUGCAUUGAAAUGAAGCCACACAAAUUGUACAUAUUUAUAUACAUACUUAGCGAAUAGUUGACUGUACACAAAUUAUUGAAGAAAGAAAAUCAGAAACUAAAACGCGAGUUAAAAUUACAGAUAAAUGUAUACUGACAUAACUUAAGUAUACGUCGAUUUCUUUUGUUUUUCUACACGAGUAGAGCACUUAUUCAAAGAGAAUCGAAGCAAAUGUAAUACGAAAAUGGAAUUUAUGUAUACUAUAAAUAGUUUUAUGAUUUUUUUUAUGAUAGUAGAUAUUCAAACUUACAAAGAGCCAAAAAAUAACGCUAAGCAAACGCGAAUGAGAAACUGUAAAUUUUGUACAAACGUAUUAAGUGUUUAUAAAAGAUGAUAUAUAGUGCGAUGAUGAUGGAUGAGCUAAGAAACGAAAGCAUAACUAGGUUUUCUUACUAUUAUCAUCUGCGUUAACAUAAUUACCUAGUGAUAUUAUUUGUGAGUGUGGAUCGUGAUUACUAAAACACAAAAUUUUGUCCAUUAAAGUCCAGAUGAAACAAAUCAAAAGGAGGAACUUGAAAAUUUAUUGCAGUGAAAGCGUAUGGUAAACAACAGUCCGAUUUUAUGAAUUCUA